GCCGGACGUGCCCCUCAACUAUCUAUCCAAACUGAAAUUAGUUUUUUUUUUUCAUCUUGAAUUGCGGCGUUCCUUGGUUUAUCUGUUUCCUGACUAUCCCAGAAGGCCCGCCCUUGGUUCGAGUUCCAAUGGGACAUUGUUGGGUCGAAGGAGAUGAUCCUUUCCAUUCGAAAGACAGCAACAGUUUUGGCCCGAUUCCCUUAGGUCUGGCUAAUGCAAAAGUGGCCUGGAUCGUUUGGCCGAUCUCACGGUUUGGAGCCCCAAAUAGUCAGAGUGAUGAUCAAUCCCAUCGUGUUCGUAGGAUGACUGUGACUAGACAUUAA